UCGACAGGAGGUUAAAGUAGUCCCAUUGCGCAUGCGCUUGUUUCCUCUCUUCACCUCCCUGCGCUGAGCUUCACCAUGGCGAACGUUGCCGACACAAAACUCUACGACAUUCUCGGCGUGUCUCCUUCAGCGUCUGAAAACGAGCUCAAAAAGGCUUACCGCAAAUUAGCAAAGGAAUAUCACCCUGACAAGAACCCAAAUGCUGGAGACAAGUUCAAGGAGAUCAGCUUUGCGUACGAAGUGCUAACUAACCCCGAGAAGAAGGAGCUGUACGACCGCUAUGGGGAGCAAGGCCUGCGAGAAGGGGGCGGAGGAGGACCCGGUAUGGACGACAUCUUCUCUCACAUUUUCGGCGGUGGCCUCUUCGGCUUCAUGGGCGGUCAGGGGCGCAGCCGGAACGGCGGCCGGCGGAGAGGGGAGGACAUGGUGCACCCUCUCAAGGUAUCACUUGAAGAUCUGUAUAAUGGGAAAACAACCAAAUUACAGCUGAGCAAGAACGUCCUUUGUAGCACUUGUAAUGGCCAGGGAGGGAAGACUGGCGCUGUGCAGAAGUGUACGACCUGCAGGGGGCGUGGCAUGCGCAUCAUGAUCAGACAACUGGCUCCUGGCAUGGUCCAACAGAUGCAGUCCGUCUGCACUGACUGCAACGGUGAAGGUGAGGUGAUCAGUGAGAAAGACCGCUGUAAAAAGUGCGAGGGGAAGAAAGUGGUGAAGGAAGUAAAGAUCCUGGAGGUGCACGUGGACAAAGGCAUGAAACACGGGCAGAAGAUCACCUUCGGAGGAGAAGCGGAUCAGGCGCCGUCCGUGGAGCCUGGAGACAUCGUCCUCGUCCUGCAGGAGAAGGAGCACGAGACGUAUAAAAGAGACGGACACGACCUGCACAUGACCCACAAGAUCGGCCUGGUCGAAGCGCUUUGCGGUUUUCAGUUCGUCCUGAAACAUCUGGACGGCAGACAGAUCGUGGUGAAAUAUCCAGCUGGCAAGGUCAUCGAGCCAGGUUCAGUCAGAGUUGUGAGAGGUGAGGGGAUGCCACAUUACCGCAACCCCUUUGAGAAAGGAGACCUGUUCAUCAAGUUUGAAGUUCAGUUCCCGGAGAACAACUGGAUCAGCGCAGAGAAACUAACGGAAUUGGAGGACCUGCUUCCCUCGCGCUCCGAUGCUCCCGUAAUCUCCGGCGACGCAGAGGAAGUGGACCUGCAGGAAUUCGACGUCAGCCAGAGCUCAUCUGGCAGCCAUCGGCGCGAAGCCUACAACGACAGCUCUGACGAAGAGGGCGGCCAUCAUGGCCCGGGGGUGCAGUGCGCCCAUCAGUAAGCACGUCCAUCCCAACCUGUCUGGAUCCAGAGAAGGAAAAAAAAAUGUUCUAGUUGCACAACAUCAGAUCAACAAAGGUGUGGCUGUUUGAUAUUUUUGUCCCCCCUCAACCUCCAUUUUUUUUUUUUUUUUCUUCUGUCUGAUUUAACUUUCCUUAGUGAACGCACAUAUGAGCCGUAGCUCCUCCCCCUUUCCCUUUCUCUGGCCCCCUCCCCUUUCAGUUCCCUAUACAGGCAGCCUCAUAUCAGACGGAGGAGAAGAAAAAGGGUCAUUUCUCUUUUACUUGGUGUGUAACUUGCAUUUUUUUUUUUGUCGUUGUUGUUGUUGCUGCUGUCAGCACAGUAUUUAGAGUUAAUUUAAAAUUAAUCCCAACGUGCAGUUCUGGUCUUGGAGCCUCUUUAUUUGUAAAGACUAUGUUUGUGUGUGUGUGGUGUGUGAGAGAGAGAGACAGUAAAAGAGAAGUCCUUUAAAUAAGACACACCUUUGGGACAUUAUAAUGAGCAUCACAUUUUUAGGUUGGUUUGAAUGUAUUUGUGCUUGAUUGAUUUUUACCACUUUACUUUGUAGAUUUUUACUUUGUUUUGUUUUGUUUUUUUUUCCUUUGUUAUAUUUUAAGAAUUGGAACAAGUCUACAGCAUCGUGUAUAAAAUUAAAGUGUUCGUCAUUUAAGCUUUCUGAACUGCAGUUAUGAUCUAGUUUAAAUAAAACUUUCACUUGCCUGUAUCUGUUUUCAGCCCAGGUGCAUGCUGGGAAAGCAAUGAAACAUCCAAAUAAAAACAAAUAAAUAAAAUAUAAAAAUCGUAUAAUGGAACGACUGGUUGGAAAGCGGCUGUAGGCGUAUAACUUCUGUGAAAAAGUUUAUGAAGUUGUUAAAUAAAAACCAAUAUCUCCAAAAGUAAA